AUCUCUCUCCUUAUCUAUCUCAAUAAAAAAUUAGUGUCGCCGAAUCCCUCAUUUUUGUGCAGCUUGAUUUGGCUGAAAGUAAAAACCGUGACAUGACUCUCUGUUUCCAUUGGUGUUUCUCUUUUCUUUGCAGGUGUAUAUUCUAUUCCUUAUAUGUUGUACUACUGAGAAUAUACCAGUGCUAUCAGCCUUCCAAUUAUUCAAGUUUCUUCGUAGCUAUAAGUUCAAAAUCUUGUCUAAUCUAUAUGGAAUGUGGUUGUUGUGCUCUCUUGAUUUUUUCUUGGGAAUAUUCCAGAUUUGUUUUUACUCCUGAAACUAAACAGUGGGUUCGUAUGUCAUUUGGCUAUAAAGAGAAUGGGUAUAUACCUGAUAUGACAUUGAAAAGAAAAAUACAAAAACCAAAUGCACAUGUAGAUAGUCGCAAUAACUAUCUUCUAAAUACAAAAAAUUGCAUUUAGCAGUUUGUCCUAGAUAUUGACUCAAUUGCUUAGCGUACGAAUUCACUGAGUUGUUGUUCCUCACGUUUGAGAUGGAGUUAGCAGUAGCUCCUUUAUUUAUAUUUUAUUUCAUUUCUAAAUGCUUCGGUAGCGAGUUAUGUGUUUGAAAAACUUGUUAUUUUGAAAGUGAAGUUCGUUCCUCUCUCUUUUGUAUUUUCAAGUUCUUGUUAAGUUGGUAAGUUCUAACCAUAUGAUCAUAAUUCCACAUAUAGUCAGCAUGUGUAUAGGACCCUGCUUGGCCUAAAUUUGGCAUAAAGGAUUUCUGGCAGUAGCCUGAUGAUCUUGAUCCCAUCCCACAUUGGAGAUUUAGUUUUGGCUGUCGCCGCUUCCCUUAUUCUUGUACAGCUUGAUUUGGCUGAAGGUACAAACGGUGACAUGACUCUGUUUUCCAUUGGUGUUUCUCUUUUCUUCGCAGGUUUGUAUAAAAAUGAAUCAACAAGAGCCUUCAACAAAUAACAAAAGAGCAAGGAACACGACAUUAGUAAACCUGGAUCAUUAACAGCCAUGGCAAAUAGAAAAUGACAUCUACUGACAACAAAGGGAACUGUUCAAGUUAUACAAUCGGAGAAACAAAAUAUUCUAAAGUUAAUUGAACAAGAGAAGCCACAAGUAGCACCACGAGCACCACUAUCUAGACAAAUUGAACAAUCUGUAGUGGUAGAGGAGCAGCUGCAUGCAGAGGAUGAGCAACAUGUAGAGGAACCUUUCCAAAUGACAGAUUCAGCCAAGCCAAUCCUACAACAGCUGAACAUUCUAAAGUACAAGGCAAAAUAUGAUAUUCCUGAUGCCGCAAAACAUUGGGUUUUGGAAAGAAUUCGAGAAUCUUGGAGAAAGCAUAGAAAUGAUUUGAAAAGAGAUCACUACGAUCCAUAUAAUGAUGAUGUUGUUCGGUUGAAGAAAAAGCCCGAUAGUGUUUCAGAAUGUCAAUUUAAAGAGCUCUUCGUGUAUUGGAAGUCCGAAAAAUUCCAGAAAAUGUCCAAAACCAAUAUCGAGAAUCGGAAGAAGCUAAUGAAUCCACACACUACUGGGAAGAAGAGUUUUGCUUUAGUUCGCAACAAAUUGGAGAUGUUUUCGGUCACAAGGGCAAGAAAACCUAAUCAUACAUACAAGUCGUCUAAUGAGGACACCAACAGUAAAAUUGCUCAAAUGGAGGAAAUUGAAAAACAAUAGGGAGCAAAUGAACAACCCGUUGAUGCAUUUUCAACCGUCAUGGGUGCUGAACAUCCAGGACGUGUAAGACUACUUGGAAGGGGGGUUACAAAGACUUCUUUGAAAAGAUUAAAUGGCAGCUCCGGACAAAUUUUAAAUUCCACAAAUGAUGUUGUCCAACAAAUGCAAGGAAGGAUGCAAAAAAUGGAGGAUCAAAUCGGGGACUAAAAGAGAACAAUUCGACAAGAAGUUGUUGCAGAUGUAAUUGCUCAACUUUAAAAUACAGGAAUAAUUGAUCCGAAGAUACUGGUGGCAUUGUCCUUUCCUUCACCAAUGGAAUCGACUUCUACAUUAGAAGCCACUCAAAACAGUCAAGGUGUUCAUGACAUAGAAGAUGGUGGUAACGAAAUUGAUGAACUAGACUUGACCUAAGAGAUCGAUCACAUUGGCUUCUUGCCGCACUGCACUAUUAGAAAAACUUGUGUAUGUUUUGAUUGAGAUCAAUCACAUUUGAUAGAGUAUAUAUACGUAGUUUCAAACAUCUUAUAUUUUUUAACAUUCCAAACUUAUGUGUUUUGAAUUUUUUGAAUGGUCAAAAAAUAUUAUUUGAUCGCUUA